AUGGCCACGACCAGCCCUCCCCCCGCGACAAUUAAAUUCCACAACCCUCACGCGUCGCCGGAGCACCCCAGCAGCAGCGCCUGGCACCCCGAACUCCCACUUAACAUCCUCGCCGUCCUCCUCGCGGUGCCGCUCCUGCUACUAAUAAAAAACCUCACGGCCCGCGCCCUCGAAUCCCUCCUCCUGAAGCACUUCCCCGCGGCCUCCUUCGAGUGGGUCUGCGCGAAACCGUGGCGAGGCGAGAGGGAGCGGGAAUGGAAAUUGAUCCGCUGGCAGAGGAAUUUCUGCCUCGCCGCGGGCGCGGCGGGGUUGCUGAUGCGGUGGCCCGGGUGGUUUGUUCUGAGGUGGCAUUUCUGGCAAUGCGUGGUGCUCGUCGCGGGUUUGUGCAUCGGAGUGCAGGGCGGGGUUGUGGGUGGGUUGGUGGCGAUGCAUGGCUUCAUUAGCGUUGCGGAUGCCCUGGGCAGGGUGACGGGGUGGGUUUCCGUUCGGGGGACGUGGAUUCCACCGCCGACUCCGAUGGCGCGCCAUGCUUCUUCUUCUUCUCCGACGAAGGCACAGGCUGAAGAAGCACCGCCGACCCCAACCUCGGGCCGCAAGUCUUGCGCGGAGACCUGGUGGGAGAAAGUCCCCGGAGCGGGAUUCUUGUCUCCACGUGCACUGCAUGGCGGAGACGCAGAGGACGUCUGCCUGCAAGAAUACCAGCAGCCGGUGGAACAGGACUACCACCACACCGACGCCAAUACAGAGGCCCUUGCAAUGCCAGAGGACACUCCAGCUACGUCGACAUUCCAAUUUUCUCCCACGUUAGGCGGCGAUGCCCUCAACAAUAGCAGCUGGCUCCGCAUUCGCAAUUUCGGCAAGUCUUCCAUCUUCAGCAAUUCGACUUCAAGCAGCGCCAGUCGCGACUCUUUUGGUCGCUCCAAGAUAGGUCGUCACGGGCUUCUCGAAAUGGAGGACACGCCGGGCCUCUCAGGCGGAUCGUCGCGUCGUGCGAAGCGGCGAUUGCUUUGA